AUGUCGAGAAUGCCUAUGUUCGCGAAUAUAAAGCCGGGGGACCCGACUGCUCUUUUCUUUGUCUCCUUGCAUUGUCCUCAUCGCCCUCAGCAUGUCCAGCUUUGUUCCCGCUCCCCAGUACUCUACCGAGCACUCCUACGUCCAUGCUAGCCAAGGUUUUCGGCCUCAGCAGUAUGUCUUCAACGUCACUGUGUCUCCGUACCCAGGGGUCGCGCCUCUGGCACCCGAGUUCAGCGACACUCCAUCUCCAUCCUCUUCUUCUCAGUCCGACGCGUCCACAUUCGCCACAGGCUCUUCUCGUAAGAUUCCAAGACCCCUGAACUGCUACUUCAUCUUCCGUAAAGACGUCAUCGACAAGAAGCUGAUUCCAAAGGGCACCGAACAUGACAGUCGUCACCUUUCUAGGAUCAUUGGAGAGUUGUGGAGGAAACUGUCAGAGGAAGAGAAGAAUGAAUAUUAUCGGCGUGCCGAGGUCGAAAAGGAAGCCCACCAAAAACUCUAUCCGGACUACGCCUACCAUCCUCAGAAGCGUACCACCCCGCCCAAGAAGAGGAACACGAAACGAAACACGCAAGCGGACAUAACUAGGUCCAAAGACAUUGCAGUUUUGUUGCAUACUGGAAAGACGGGCUCGGAACUUGAGGAGGCCGUGAGGAAGAUGUCGUCGAUCGCAGCGACGCCUCAAACUCAGGUUAAGGUCAAGCCUCCGAAGAAGAAGCGCGCAUCUCGAAAGAGCGCGCCCUCUCCUCCACCUGUUCAGCAUAGUACUACCGGAUCGCAGGGGUGGAAGACAGAGGCAUUGACACAUCAGUUCAAUGCCCCGAUUCCUUCUAUGGGCUCCGACACAAACACUCUCUUUGCCGCCUCCUUCGAGUCACAAUAUUCGAUGCCUCCCGAGUUCGAUGAUGGGCUUUUUGGUUUCCCAAGCCCAGCCUCAGAACUUAUGGGUUCCAGUAUUCUCUUGCUAUGUCUUCAAAUCAGUACAACAACACUCACGACGAGUAUGGCAAUGGCGCACUUGACAACUGUUAUCUUUGAUUAUGUGUGGACUUAAUGGCCGUUUGCAACGUUCACUUCUUCCCAAAACAUUUUGAUAUUAUUGUAACGAGUUCUCAUUUUUUUCUAAAUAUUUGAAUACUCAUCUUUUGUAUAACCUCAACUAUGCUCCAUGGAACCUUUUU